GAAUACUGGCGUUUGAAAUGAUUUGGUGUCGCCUCUUUUGCACACGAGUGCGCCAGCCUUCUAGGGCGCACGGAGCCGCGGAUCGUGAAAGGCGUCCACAUCGAUACCCUCGCAGUCUCUUUCAGCCUGAUCUGAGGAGUACAUGUGUACGGUGCACCGGUAGUAGCCUUGUGUUUGUUAUUGUUAGCACGAGGAUCCAGCCGAUGGAUCCGGCGAUGGAUUUGGCGCGAAGCCGGCGUGUCAGCGCUUUCUCUCACUCACGUAUUCUAACAAUCCUACGAGCUUCCUGAAACACCUACAGAUGAACUGACAACGACAUGCAGAACAGCUGACGCCUUGCAAUUUUGCGCGCUCUCAAAUGUCCUCCGAAGUCGUGAUAUCCGCGCAAACACCAAGUGUACCAAGCACCAGUGCAUGGCUUCCACUCGCGAUAGCAGCUGGCGCGCUCGCGGGUGCUCUUGGCGGGGCGGUUGCCGCGGUGGCUCUCCUCCGCGCGCCAUCGCGACCAUCACGCGGUCCGCAGCAUGGCUCUUCUUGCUCAUAUGACAGCUCGCAAGACUAUCUCCCGCUUAAACGGGCUCGUGCUGGCCCGGGCAGCCAUGCCCAUUCAAUCGAAGGCGCGCUCGCGCGCUCGCUACUCGGCGGGGACGGCUACGUGGUCGUUGCAGCACCAUCAAGAGCUGCAGCCGGCGCCAAAUCCUCGCAAUCUUCUCAUCAUGCAGGCCACCACGCGACUGUGCUCACGACCUCGCCGCCGCGGAACUACCAGCAGCAGCACGAACACCCGCACCCACCGCGCCGGAGCGCCCAGCACAGCCGCCCGGGCCUCCUCGCGCUCGGUGGCACGUCCGCUGCCGCAGCCAGUGCCCUCGCUGCGGCAUCGGCAUCAGCACCAGCAGCGGCACCAGCUGCGGAAAGCACGCCUGACAAACAGCGAGGCCAGCCCCCGCACCCGCACCUGCACCAGCAUGAGCGCACGCAGCAGCAGCAGCAGCAGCAGCAGCAGCAGCAGCAGCAGCAGCAGCAGCAACAGCAGCAGCAACACCACCGCCAGGAACAGCAGCAGCAACAGGGGGCAGUGGGCUUCUCAGUUGAUGCGGCGUCGGUGGCGGCGGCAACGCCGGCGGCGGCAGCGGCGGCCUCCGUGUCAGCGGCGACGGCGGCGGCGCUGCUGCGGUCGCCGCUGCAGGCUAGCGGGCGCCGCGACCCGACCGACCCCUCGCCGCGCAGCGGGAGCCUGAGCUGGGACGAUUACUUUAUGGCGCUGGCCUUCCUGUCCGCGGAGAGGAGCAAGGACCCCAACAAGCAGGUGGGCGCGGUGAUCGUGAACGCGGACAAUGUCAUUCUGGGCAUUGGGUACAACGGCUUCCCACGCGGCUGCUGCGACUCCGACCUGCCCUGGGCCAAGGUGUGCCCCCGCGGCAGCGGCAACGGCCUAACCGCCGCCUCAACCGCCACAACCGCCGCUUCAACCGCCGCCUCAACCGACAACGACCCCCUGGGCACCAAGUAUCCCUACGUGGUGCAUGCGGAGGCGAAUGCGCUGCUCAACAAGAACGCGGCCAGCGUGGCGGGCGCGCGUGUGUACGUGACCAUGUUCCCCCUCCUCCCCCUGACGCAGCGUGUGUACGUGACCCGUGUGUACGUGACCAUGUUCCCCUGCAAUGAGUGCGCCAAGCUGCUCAUCCAGGCGGGGAUCACCGAGGUGGUCUACCACGAGGAUAAGGUCCGUCAUCUGGAGCACCUAGCCGCCGCCUGGGCGCCCUCCCUCGCCAGAGGGGGGGCAGGGCCGGCGGUGGGUGUGGUGGGGCCGGGGCCGGCAGCCGCCGCUACAGCCGCAGCGUGCGGUAGCAGCAGCAGCAGCAGCAGCAGCAGCGCGGGCCAGGCGCAGCGGGAGGCGCGGCUGCUACAGCCUCCCGGCGCACACACCGCAGGGGCCCACGCCGCAGGCACCCACACAGGCGCCCGCACAGGGUCCGCCGGCAUUCCCACGGCGGCCUUCGCGCCGCCCUCGCCCGCCGCCGCAACCGCCGCCGGCUCCCCCCACCCCGUCACACCCGGAGUACCGCUGCCCUCACCGCCGCGCUCACCGCCGGCAGGAGACGGUGCGAAAGCGGGAGCGAGAGCGGGACAGGGAGAGGGAGGCGGGGAGGGCGAGGGAGGCGGCGGCAGCAUCGGCGGCGCCAUCAGUGCCAGCCCUACCUGCAGCACGGGUUGGCGCGCACACGCGGGCACACCACCGUCGACGUCAGCAGCAACGUCAGCGUUGCGCCCAGCGCCGGUGUCGGCGGGGACGGUGGCGGAGGUGGGGAUGGUGGCGGAGGUGGGGCUGGUGGAGGAGGUGGGGAUGGCGGCGGCGGUGGGAGCGGCGGAGGAGGGCGCGCGGUCGGAGGAUGGAGCAGUGGAGGGCGGGGCGGCGGCGUCCUGGUCGGGUUUCUGGCCCGGUAGGGAGCAAGAGGGCGGCGGCGGCGCGGCGGCCGCCUCCUCGGGCCAAAUCCUAUCCUCCUGGGCGCGCGGCGGCGAGCCCGGACCCAGUGAAAAAUCCGGAUCCGGACCCAGGUCUCAGGCGGCGGCGGCGCUCGCGCCGCCGCCUGCCGUACAGCCGCCGCCGCCUCUAGUGGCCGUGGUGUCGGACGCGGAUGUGGGCUAUCUAGCCAGUUUGCGGCUGCUGCGGCUGGCGGGGGUGCGGCUGCGGCAGCACAGGCUGGCGGCGCCCAUCACCGUACCCAGCGCGGCGGCGCUGGCCAGCUAGAUGGGAGCUAGGCCCUGGCCAGCUCGAUGGGAGCUAGGCCCUGGCCAGCUAGAUGGGAGCUAGGCCUGGGCCAGCUGAAUCGUAUACAUGGGUGCGGUGGCUUUGGAUAGGUGGGUUGGGUAGAGACUGGAUAGGGCAGGCAGGGGGUGUGGGGGGUGUGGCGUGGGGGUCGGCCGGGCUAGGUGUGGAGGUGUGGGAAGAUUGAGCUGGGUUUGGGACGAGCAUGGCGUGGAGUUGUGGAGGUGUGGAGAUGUGGGUUUGCUGAUGGGCCGGUGGUUGCGGGUUGGGAGAAGGGAAGCCGUGGGUUUGUUGCGCCAGGUGUGUGUGUGUGUGUGCGUGCGUGCGUGCGUGCGUGCGUGCGUGCGUGCGUGCGUGCGUGCGUGUGUGUGUGUGUGUGCGUGUGUGUGUGUGUGUGUGUGUGUGUGUGUGAUGGGACAGUGGUAAGGCAAGUUGGCAAGAUCUCAGAGCUGUAAGCUGGUGUCACA